GUUGAAACCACGUUGCUCCUGUUUUGAAGAACCGACUCUCCGAUGCUUCUCUGUUUUGACAAGUUACACUGAACCUAGGAGGAAGAGUUUAAAAUCAAGAUAGAACAGCCCUUUAUCUUUUCUAGGCAAUGCUAUGGAAGCUCUGUUACUGUAGGGAUGUUUCUGAGGAUGUUGUGUUCUGAUGUACAUGCUACAGCAUCCUACCAAAAUGAACUCUCAAGCAUUUUCUAUUUUUCCUGUCCUGUCAAUGGUUUAUAUACUUGUUCUUCAAGGUAAGUUUCUUUUUGGCUUGGAUGUGAAUGAACUACAACCAAGUAAAUAUUUCAUGGAAGUCAGUGACUUGGUAUGUCAUGCUUAUGUGUAGGAUUAGACAGUGACUGUCGUAUAUCAGAGUACUAAGAUUUAGUCUGCUGUAAUUGCAUCAAAUGCAGUGUAAAUCCAACAAGCAGAACUGUAAGUGUAAAAAUGGGAUACAUUUUUAAAGGGUGACUCAUACUUAAAUUUUCAAAAAGUUUAAUGCACAGUAUUACUAUUGAUGUUAGAAAUUGCUUAUUUAGUCCUUCGGUAAAAGAGGAGUCAAAUGUAUUUGGCUAGAUUGGUCAACCCCCUCCCCCAAAUCUCUUUAAUAUAAUAAGAUAAUGGACAAAACAAUAAGGUAAUUUUGAAAACGGUGCUUAGAUCACAGAAAGAAACUGAAGUCAAUGAGAUUGCAGAUAUGUUUAAAAAACAACAUGCCUUUUAAAAAAAUCACAGGUAUAGAAAGAAAGGGUACAUAUUUUUGUCAAAAUUUAUGAUUAAAGUCCACACAUCUGUCAUUCUGAUGGGAUGGAAGAAAAUCUGGAGCUGGUUGUAAGGUCUCUAAUAGUUACAUAAAACUAUGAGAAGAGCCUUGCUGGAUCAGACCAAACUCUCAUCCAGUCCAGCAUUCUUGCUUUCAUACUGGUCCAUGAGAUGCCGAUGUCCAAAGCCUUGUGUCAACUCCAAAAUGAGGAGGCAACCAGGAAACAGGAAUAUUGCCCUCCAGGUUCAUGUUCUAAAACUAAUACAUUUCUGCCUUAAGAUUGUAGUAUUAUUUAUGGUUAUCUAUUCAUAUGGUGGAAAGAACCAUUUGAUAUGCAGCUUUUCUUAAUGUUAUUAUUUUUAUAUUUCUGGUCCAGUUUUUGGUGAUGGCAUGCGAGCAAAUAAGGCUUUGGAUGAAUCUGCUGAUUUUCCACGCAAAAGUCAAUACUCUGGUGAGACUGCCUGGAAAAGGGAACAUGUUACAGAGAGCAUAUAGCUUGUUUAACAACAUUUUAGAUAUUUAUCUCUUUGUCCAUUUUGAGUCUGGUCUCUGCUUGUUGUCAGCUCAGGGGUCAGGACUGCUCAGGGGUCAGGAUGCUAGUGUGUGGAGAGUCAUGACCAGUGGCAAGGAGUAGGACUUAAUGGCCUAUUAUUUAUUUACUUCAAGUAUUUUUACCUGUCUCUUUAGCUGAGACAGCUCUUGUCCAUUUCCAACAUUUUGAAAUUUCGCAAACCUCUUUUAUCAUAGAACUCUGCUUGGAUGUAAAAUAAUAAUUUAGUGUAUUGCAGGAACAGUGGCUGGCUAUCUCCCACUGUGCACACACAAUCAUGUGACUAACCAGGUGGUAAAGAGGAUUUGCCAGAGCUCAUGCCCCCUUUUCUAUACAUGUUUUACUGAGAGAGGGGACUCAUGGUUAAACUUAUUUAUGGCAUGAUCAGAUGAGCAUGUAGAUAGGUAGUUGUGUCCAACCAUAACAGUUGCAGCCUCCAUGGGGCAGCACUGCAUACUAAUGGGAUUUCAGCAUUUUAUGGGGGUGGUCCCACCAUACUGGCACAUCUGUAAGCUUGGAAAAACUUGAGUCUGGGUUGACUAUUUCAACAUGCAGUGACUGUUUGGAAGAAGCAGCCAGUGGCACAAUUACUGGAUUCAAGAGGGCAUUCUACACCCACCAUUUUGAACAAUCCACUCCCGGUUUCUUUGAAUCCAAUUGGAUAAAACCUGGUGCUGCUGCAACUACUUACAAUGAAAGGAUAGAUAUUAAUUAUUGGUGCUUUACUGUUUUAAGAGCAAUUUGUAAACCACCCUGGAAUAAUUGAAGAGUGAGAUAAAAUAUUUUAAACAAGGAAAGAAACAAAAGAUAUAUUGGGUAUAAACGUUCCUGGGAUUUAUUAUGUCAGAUAAGAAUGCUAAAAAUGGAUGUUCUAUAUUAAAAGCUGUCAUAUUUCACUUCUGAAAAAGUGUGAAAUUAUGUUGAUUACAGCUGGGAAAUGAAUUCUACCAGCCAUGUCUUACUAUGGAGAUUUGAAUUUGCUUUUGUGCUGUGUUUUGUGUCUGAAAUUUUUAGAUGUCCUCUUGAAAUCUGAACAUUUUGAUUUCAUGAAAUCACAGUUUUAUGAAUUGGUAUGCUUUGUUCAAUUUGGGUGUUAAUGAAUUAAAUGUCUUCCCAUUGCAUCUUAUUGACAUGCUUAGGAUCCAAAGUGGAUAGCCUCAUCAAUGGAACGCUUGGUGAUUGUAUUCUCCUUGAUCUGGAGAACAGGAACCCAGCAAUCCACAUUCACAACGUGAUUUGGAAGAAAGGCAAUGCCUUGAUUGGGAUGAUGAUCAAUGGUCAGAAUGAAGCAAACUGUACAAUCCAUAGCAAAAGAUGUCUUAUCUAUAACAAUGGCACCUUGAGCUUGUGUCCCACUCAGUUGGACGAUAUUGGGUAUUAUACAGUGGCAGCAUAUACUGAGGAUGGACGCAUUCAAUACAGUAACGGAAAGGAACUGCUGCUUACACGUAAGUAUCAGAUAGGCCCUCUAAGGGACUGUGUGCUACUCCUAUAAAAUAAGUGCCAUGCAUUUGCAGCAUUCAGCUGUAUAAUAGCCAAAACAUCUGGAGAGUUAGAGGAACACAUUUAGGAGCGGAUUUAGGGCAGAGAAGUUACAUUAUGCAGCUAAAAGGCAUUCUAGUAUAAUUUUCAAAUCGAAUAGCUCCCUGAGAGUUGCAUUUACUACUUUGCUUUCAGUUUCAUGGAUGAAAUUUGAAUUGCACCCCUGAAAUUGAAAUAUUUUAAUUCAGUGAAAUAACAGUUUUCAAAAUUCUUUCAAAUCUACUUAAUGCACACAUUUUUGAGGAUCGAAGUAAACUGUAUGUCCACUAUAUUUUUGCUCUGUGUUCAGAAUCCAAACUGCAGCUUAGUCUCACCAAAGGAACACUUGGUGAUUGUAUGCUCCUUGAGAUGAAGAUCACGAAACAAGCCAUCCACCUUCAUGAUGUGAUUUGGAAGAAGGGCAAUAUCACAAUAGGAAAGGUGGACGGCCAGAAUAUUACAACUUGCAUAGACGGCAGCAAGAGAUGUCUUAUACUUAACAAUGGCAGCUUGAGCUUGUGUCCCACUCAUGUGCAGGAUAUCGGACACUACACAGCAGAAGUGUUUACCAAGGAUGGUGUGUAUCAGUACAGUCACACAAUUCAACUGGAACUUACACGUGAGUAUUAGAUGGGCAUUCCCAUGUUCUAAGAUGAGUAGCAAGUAUUUACAAGGUUCAUCUGUGUAAUAGCCAAGCCAACCACUGGAACAGUUAUACAUACUGUAAUUUUGUUGUAACUGUAUAUCUUUCAUACAUUCUGUUUGACAAGAGCCUGCUGCAAAUACUUUAGUAAAGUACAAUAACACUGACCUCCAAAUAAAAGGUUGGUAAUUUUACUGAAUAGAAGGAUAUUACUAUUUUUUUUUAUUAAUGCUAUUGCCAACAUUAUGUACCUUUAGGCCAUGCUAAGCCAAUUGGACUGACUUGCUCUGUUGUAAUCAACAGAACCUACAGGCACUUAAUUUUUUGUGAAGUAUGUGCCCACAGUGUGGUAGACUGUCCCUUAAAAUGGCACAACAGAAAUUGGGUUCAUUCACUGUUAAACUGUUAGAAAUGUUGAUUUGCAGCUAAAACUGAAAAUGAUUUUCAUAGUUUAGCAGAGAUUAUUUUCCCCUCCUUAUACAAUGUAUCAAAAAGGACCUGGAAUUACAGGUGCUAGGUAUUGCUUCAUGUAAUAAGGGAGAACCUGAUGAAUGAAAACCAAGUUAUGUUUCAGCAGGAAACCCUAUUGAGACUAUUAAUAUUGCACAUAUGCAAUCUGCUGGAUGAAUAAAAACUGACGCUUGUAUUGAAAUAAAUAUUCUCCAGGCCAAAAUAUGGCUCAGAAGCUUUACUUACAGAACUUAAUUCCAAACAACUUAAAACAAUAAAAGCUACUUUCAGUUAGAUGCAUAUUUUUUACACUGCUCUCAGCAGAAGCCAUAAUAUCUUAGAUUACAAAUAUGUUGGAUUCUGAGCUAGAAAUCAAAGCUCUGUCUCUCCUUCAUUGCUGCCUCCAUUAGUCUCAGGUUGUUUGCUGGAGACAGAGAUUCACACAUCCAUUCUUUUCAGUAGCUUGGAACAAAGAAAGCACCCCACCCAAGAUGGAUGCCUACAGAUUAGCAUAUGUAUAGACCUGCAAUACAAUCCUUUUCAUAUGACUGUGAGCUAAACAACUUGUGAUCGAGGCACAGAGAUACAUCCCCACGUCAUGAUUCACUUGUUGGGCUCUUCUUCAGCUUCAGUGGGAAUUUCUAGUCAUGCUACACAGUGCAAUACAGUGGUACCUCAGGUUACAUACGCUUCAGGUUACAUACGCUUCAGGUUACAGACUCUGCUAACCUAGAAAUAGUGCUCCAGGUUAAGAACUUUGUUUCAGGAUGAGAACAGGAAUCGGGCUCCGGCGGCGUGGCAGCAGCAAGAGGCCCCAUUAGCUAAAGUGGUGCUUCAGGUUAAGAACGGUUUCAGGUUAAGUAUGGACCUCUGGAACGAAUUAAGUACUUAACCUGGGGUACCACUGUAUAGGCACAUUAUAGAUUCCCCCCACCCCCCAAUUCCAUGCACAUUUAACAAUUAUAUUUAACAAAGCUGUCCGUAUUGUACGAAGAAAGCAUAGUUCCAUGGUAGAGUACAUACUUCUGCAUGCAGAAAGACCCUUGUUAAAAGGCUAUCAAGUAGCAGGCAUUGUUCUGAGGUCUUAAAAGCUGCUAUGGAUCAGAGCACAUGGUACUGUACUGGAUGGGCUAGUGGCUUGACAAAGACUUAAGAGUAUUUCUCAGUCUGAUAACAGAUUCACUUGGUUUUAACUAAGAUUGCUCCUUAUGAAAAGAUUUUAGAAUUGGUAGAGUUGGUAGGAUAUGUCUAGAAUCUUAUGCAUGCUUACUCAGAAGUAAGCCCCAUUCAGUUCAGUGGGGCUUAUUCCCAGGAAAGCUUGUAUAAGACUGAAGCUGAUUUUCAAGCAAUGUAUGACAAUACAUAGUUUUGUGUGCUGCCCUCGCCCCCGUCAAGUUAUAGGCUGUGUUGAGUUCAUGUAACAUUUAUUAUACAUGGUUAACUGAUGAAAAGGUUAAGCACAAGGUAGUUAAUUGAAAUGAUUAAAUAAAUUGACAGGGUAAUAUUAAUGUUUUACACAGUGCCACAUGUCAUUAAAAGUACAAAUAGAGCUCUUUGUAAAACUACCUGUCAGAAGUGAGUUAAAAUAGGUAAUUCUUUUCACAAUUGCAUUCUAAUUUUAGAACCUAAUCCACAGAAGACAAUACGUUUGCCUCAUUUAAUCUUCUUCAUCUUAGAAGGAGCUCUUGUUGCAGCUUUUCUCGUUAUAUUGGGCUCAUGUAUAUAUCAUGUUGGAAAAUGGAAGAGGAAGCCAGGUAAUCUUUCCUUGCCUUACCUUGCUUACCAUAAUGGGGGAAGCUCACUCAAAAGGUACCGAUGGUUGUCUAAUGCAACUCCUUCUUUUACUUUAUCAAUAAAACCUUUUUCAUCUCAUGGUGGUGAAAAUCCAUGUGCAGCCUGAUCUUUUUCCUUUUUUUACAAGCACGCCAAGCAUACUGGGAUCUCUCUCUCUCUCUCUUUGACACACACACACACCACAAGAUGGAGGUCAGCAUAUAACACCUGUUUGGACAUAAUGCUAAACUAUACUUUAGCAUAAUAGGAGUGAGCCUACUCAAGACGUGGACUCAAGCAUCCUCCUGUCCUCUGCCCUCCUCCAACAUGCACCAGAGGAAGAGAUCUUCAUCUGCUUCCUGAGCUAAGCUGACCAUAAUUGGUUACAUCUGAAUUGGGCCAAACUAUGGGUAGGGCCAAACUAUAGUUUAUUGAAACAGCGGUUUCUGACCUUGGCUCAGUUUAAACUGUAGUUUGUUGAAGUGAAUGCAGUUCUUGGUUCGGACAUAACAACACAUUGUGUGUCAGGAUUCCUGUUCCAUGUAAGAGCCCCUGUGCCCCCACAACACACGGGAGGCCUCAAAGACCUGGAAUGGUUCCUUGCUCCAGGUUUCAUGCAGGUGUUUCUAAUUACAGCAGCCCAUACAACUUCUCUCAGCUUUUCUUGGCUCUCUACUGAAGUUUCACAGCUGUUCUCUGACAUCUCUCUCACUCUGCCUCUGCUUUGUCUCUGUAGCUGCAGAUUUCUCCUCUCUGUUUCCCCCGUCUCCCACUCACAAUUAAUAUUAUUUUCUAGCAGCUUCGCUGGGACAGAGGUUCUCUCCCUCCUUGCUUCUUAGCUGGCCUUCAAUGCUGUGCACUUGUCAAUAAUUCUUUCUCCAUGUUCCCCCCCUCUGUUUGUGUGUGUGUGUGUUUUGCUGCUAUUGCAGCUAUCACACUCUCCCACACCGACCUGCCAUCUUUUAUCAGGCUGCAGUGAGUGUGUCAGGGCAGUGUGUCACUUUCAGUCCCCUGCACUGUGACUAGUUAAAACCAGGAUGCAGACUUCACUUCUGCCACCCUCUGGCACAUGCCAGGGAGAGCCACAUCCUUGAGUCUAAAGUAAGACAUUUUCAACUGAAGAUCCCCUUUGGAAUUGCUGGCAUUGUUGAAUUGUUUGCUUACUAACUAACAUGAAUCACAGUGUACUAAGUAGGCCUGUGAACUUAAUUGAUAGCAAGUAUAUGCAUGCAUUAAAAAAGCAAGUUACUGUAGAUAUUUUUUAAGAGGUGAAGAUACUAUCAUCAAGCCCAUCUGCCCUGUCUCAUUACCUUUUUUGGGGAUGGAAGGACCUGUGAAUUCUGCUUCUGUGAAUUUAAUAGAUUUGCCUUUAAAUGUGAACUGAACUCCCCCAUCUGUAGCCACCAAGACUCAACCUCUGAAGAGGGAAAACACAAAUAAUUGGAUCCAUUGCCUUUCCUUCUGCCAGCAUUGAAAGGCUAUGAGCAUGUGAUGGGUUGUGAGCAAUUAAUUGACGCACACGCCGUUUCUUGCAUGUGCCUCCUGCCCUCUUAGCUUUCAUAGGGUCCCUGAUAAGAGGAAGUUGCCAACGGAUAUUUCAGGCCAUGUUUUAAGUAGUGCUAAGCUAGUUUGUUAAAAAGAAAACAGGUUGAGGGUUCUUCAGUAUACAUAUGAUGAAAAGCCAGUUACCUCUGGGGAAAGACUUUAUUCUAAGCUUCCCUUAAAAUCUGUGCCAUUUUUCACAAAGGCUGUAAUAGGCAGGAGGGAGCGGACCCAUCUGUCAUUUGCUCUAGAGAAAGAAAAGGCAAAGAAAGAAAUGGGAUUGUGUCUGCACCCCUGCAAUGAAAUUAGGAGAUGAUGGCGAUAUUAGGAGUGACUACGGCACCAGUAAUGUGUGCUUUCAGUUCUCACUGAAAACCAUUUCCACACUUUUUAUUUUAUAUGGUUUAAGUUCUCUGGAAAACAAGAAGACAACGCCGUGCAAGUUGGAGAAAGAAUGUGGCUGACUAUGCAGUAUUUUAUAGGAGAAAGCAAGACCAAUGUGAGUAUUACAGCUGCCAAACCAGUGUACACUAAUCUCUAUGUGUUUAGGCUUCCAUGGGAUCCAGAACUGUGAUUGUGGAGUCCAACUGCUAGAGACCUCUGUAUGUUGCAGUUGAGGGCAGGACAGGAGGAGGUCAUAAAAGUGUGACCUUUCUCCCUGGUAAUUGUGUGAGGACAACAAACAAAGGUGGUUCUGGUGUGAUAGGUUUCUAUUGCAAAUCAAGGUGUGCGGGUCCGGAACAAAUUGGUUUGGAGAUACCUCAGGGGUUGGUUCAAAGAACUAUAAGAAGAAAGGGACCCAAAGACCAAUAGGUGAGAUUCAAGCUUGGUCUAUAUAAUUUAGACCACAUAAGCAGAAAGCAGAAGGAAGCAAAUUCUGUUGGGAAUCCUUAGCUCUAGACAACAGAGAGAAAUGAGCCAAGCCAUAUGUUACAGAAGAAGGCCAUGGGUCCUCCAGUUCCCACAGUCUGGCACUGCACUGCAACCUAAGUUUCUGCUGAAGGCCACCAACAAAGCCGUGUGUGAUCCAACAGUUAUGACCUUCCAGUACACAAGAGCUCUUGCAAAGGAUGCCUCUCACAUGUAUAUUAUAGAGUUAUAGUGCAGCUGCUGGGGUUGGGGGAGGGAAAUGUCUUGGGCCAGUUGUGCUUGAGGGAAAAUUAUUUUCCAACUCCAUGGUAUGGGUUGAUGUGCUUUACAAACCUAGGCUCAUGGUUUAGCUCUCCCAGUUUGGUGCAGCAGCCAAACAACUGAUGAGAAGCAAAGCGGCAGUGAUCUCCUCUUUGGGAGCCUCCACACUCACACAUAGUUUGUGUUAGCAUGAUUUGUGAAGCAGGCCUAAAUUAAUAUAUGAAAUUCAAUUCUGGUUGGUUCCUGGACUGGGGACUUCCUGCAACCACAUGUAUGUUUGGAUUCAGGGUGGAAGAAAGAUGGGAUAUAAAUGGAAGAGAAUACAUAGACCAUAACAUAAAUCUGUUUCAUUGGAGCUAGCUAGACUCUUCCGCAGUUCUUAUGGUUUUACGUGCCAGUUAAAAGACAAAUAAAAAACCAGAAAGCUAUCAGAGCUUCUUUACUGUGCUUGCAUUUAGGUCGUGUCGGUGCAUCUUUGCCAAGUUUAGUUUGUUAUUCAUUAUGGGGUGAUUCAUACACUACGUUCUGCUGCCACCAAGUGCAUUUAACAGUUCAGUGAGCAGAAUACUCAUGUGAACAGUGCCACUUAAUAAGUAGGACAUUCUGAAGCACUGCCGAUCAGCUUCUGGAAGCAAGGAUUUUUGGUUGUUUUGGAGACUACUCACCUCAAAGUAGUGAUGGUUCUGCCUGUUUUCCUUCCUUAUAAAUUAAACUCCACUCCAACAAAGUAUUAAUUGUGCAUAUUCUUACAAUGGUUGUUCGGCAUCCCCACUCUCUGCCAAGCAGUAGCAAGAUUCCAGGGGGUUUCAGGCAUUCACCGAUGGUUUGAGCUCCUCUGGAGAAUUGAAGCUGUAGUGGGGCCUGCUUUAAGAAAUCUGUUUUAUUUGCAUAUUUACACCUUCAGUCUGCAUGGAGGGAGUCCAGCUCUUACUUGUUCCCCACAGUAAUGCAGCACUGGAGUGCAAGGCAUCUCUCCCGGUCAGCCCAAGAUGGAUCUCCCCCUUUGCUCUUCCCUUCUUCUUCCCAGCACACCUUUCUCUAAAGACUCUCUUUGUGUGCUACCUCAGAUACACACCCCAUCACCAUGGCAACCUCUGCCUAUCUGCCCAGGCCCAAGAUCCUUCCUAGAUGGGUCAGCAAUACCUUUUCUCAUGUUAAUGCCUCUAUCCCAGGUGACUGGAAGGAAGCUUAGCCUGUACUUUUCCACAGGCCUCCAAUCUUCCCUUCAAUACUCCAAAUCAUCAGACUCCUACCAUUUAUUAAUUUCUAGGGUUUUUUUUGGGGUGGGUGGGUGGAAUUCCCCCCACCUAUAACAGUAUCAUGAACAGAAGGUAAUGUCAUGGUCUACUCUGAGAUACAAAGCUAAUUCAGCGAGUGAAUGGGCCAUAUCUUCUCAUUGGGCAGCACUGUCUUCUAUCUGAACUGCUGUUUAUUACUAUAAUUACGGCAACUUGAUUCACCAUAUGUGCUUUAGGUGGCAACCCUACACACACCUUGCUGGGGGAAAGUCUUACUGAAUUCAGUGGGGCUUGCCUCUGAGUUGACAUGUAUCAAAUUGCACUGCUGGUCCCAUAUGCUCCAACUCUGUGGAGCAUUAUUUAGGGGGCACCCCAUAUUUUCUGCAAGUUGGUGCUUCCCUCCCUCCCAUGGGCAGCCACCUCCAUCUCUGCAGAUGGGCCAGUAAGUUGCAACCCCUCUUUCAGUCCAGCCAUGCCCUGAACUGCCCCAUAUGUGAUGUCAUAUAAAUUGGGCGUAGAGCUGGUGAUCUUGACUGGGCAAAAACUGCCUUGCAAGUCAAAUGAGGAGGCAUGGUAGGUCUAAUUAGGCCCACAGGCUGGGUCCCCCCCCAAUAUGCCAUUGCAAGUGUCAUUUUCGAAGAGGCAUUCCUGCUUGCCACCCACAGUUUUAAUAAGUACCGGUAACUCGCAUUAAAGAACCAAUUUAAAUAAAUAAAUAAAUAAAUAUGCUUCCUGAUUCACUCUUUUAGUAAAUUAAAAUACUUUAAAAAUCCAUUAGUCUAAUGAAUUAAUCACUGAAACAUUGCAGCCGCUGUUUAUUUAUUUGUUUAUUUGUCAUUGGAUUGCCGCGGACUCAGAGUAGACCACUGAAUUCAAUAGAUAUAAGUGAAUCAUGACUCACAAUGACUCAUUUUUAAGUUUUUAUUUUUAUUUUAAAUAUUUCUCAACCGUCUUUCAACAGAAGAUUCCAGAGCCAGGUCCAAAAACAGGAAUAUAAUUAAUUUGGACAAUUUAUCAACACACCUUAAAAUCAGCAAAUCAGCUUAACAAAACAUAAAUGAAACAAAACAAAUAUCUCAAAAGCUAAAAACAGAAACAAACCAUUCCCUCCCUAACUCCCCCAAACUAACGUGUGUGAGCAAAUAGGACAGCAAAUAGGAGAGCUUGUCAUGCCAGAUCCAGUCAUGUCUCCCUUGAGAAGGCACUCAAAGGUUGAGGAGGCACUGCAGAAAAAAGCCCUCUUUUUCUUUUAAAGAGUAGCAUACCUCAAUUAAAGAGAGUACUUGGAACAGCAUCUCUCCAGAAGUUCUUAAGACAUGGGCAAACUGGUAUUUUAAUGGGUCUGAUAUGACAACUGCUACUUCUUGUUGCUAUUUUUUAAAAUUGUUGUUGUUCCUUAUUAUUAUUCAUAUUAAACAUUAGCCCACCUUUCUUCCAAGGAGCUCAGGCAGCAUUCAUGGGCCACCUAGACUGGGCAAUAACUUGAUCCCACCUCUCCCUAGUCCAAGUCCAGCACUCCACACCCUCCCAACUGGUGCUCCAACUGUUUGGGACAUUUGCCCUAAGCAAUUUCGGUAAAGGAGUUUGAACAGUAUUCAGUGUUAGCCGCUAGAAAUCAAAACGUAGAAUUAUAGAAGAAAGAUUGCUGCAAGGGUAGUUGAUGUAAGGAUUUGUUCAUCCUCAGAAAUGUUUAAAACCAGCUGAAAUGAGACCGUGUGUGAGAUGUUAGUUUGCAGUAGAAAGUGUUCAUUGAGGUUGGCGAUACUGUUUUUAACCACAGGUGUAUGCAGUGAUGCAUAGUGCUGGUAUUGGGGCAGAGUGGUGGUGGGGAUUGCACACACAUAGAGAAGGAACUUCAAAUAUCAUGUCUGCUGUCUCGAGAGAAUUCAGUGCAACUGUUGGUGGUCACAAGGGUUUAUUCUAGUGCAGCACAUACACUAAUAAUAAUAACAAUAACAACAACAACAACAAUAAAAUUUUAUUUAUAUCCCGCCCUCCCCAGCCAAAGCUGGGCUCAGAUCGGCUAACCACAAUAAAAGUAACACAGUUACAUAAAAUCACAAUCAAUUAAUUGAAAUGCAUUCUAAAAUUAAUUCAAAAUCAAAUUAAUGGCAACCAUUGGGCUAGAGUUCUAUGAGGAAUACCGAAGGAGGGGGUCAGACUGUGCCUUGGCCAAAGGCCUGGUGGAACAGCUCUGUCUUGCAGGCCCUGCAGAAAGAUGUCAAGUUCCACAGGGCCCUAGUCUCUUGUGACACUGUGUUCCACCAGAUCGGGGCCACGGCCAAAAAAAGCCCAGGCUCUGGUUGAGGCCAGCCUAACCUCCCUGUGGCCCGGGAUCUCCAAGGUGUUUUUAUUUGAAGACCGUAUGAUCCUCCGUGGGACAUACCAGGAGAGGCGGUCCCGUAGGUACAAGGGUCCUAGGCCAUAUAGGGCUUUAAAGGUUAAAACCAGCACCUUAAACCUGAUCCUGUACUCCACCGGGAGCCAGUGCAGCUGGUAUAGCACCGGGUAAAUGUGAUCCCAUGGCAAUGACCCCGUAAGGAGUCUCGCCGCGGCAUUCUGCACCUGCUGGAGUUUCUGGGUCAGUCUCAAGGGCAGCCCCACGUAGAGUGGGUUACAAUAAUCAAGUCUGGAGGUGACUGUCAUGUGGAUCACAGUGGCUAGGUCAGGGCGAGAGAGGUAAGGAGCCAACUGCUUAGCUUGGUGGAGAUGAAAAAAUGCUGCCUUUGUUAUAGCAGCAAUCUGCGCCUCCAUGGAAAGGGAGGUGUCGAAGAUUACACCCAAACUCUUAACAGAUGGUGCUGGCACUAAUUGCGCCCCUGCAACAGUUGGGAGUUGCCCCCCCAAUCCCAUAUUGUUCCGACCCAGCCAAAGGACCUCUGUCUUCGAAGGAUUUAACUUCAACUGGUUUCUGUGUAACCAUCCAGCCACAGCUUCCAAACAUCUGAACAGUGUGUCUGGGGCCAAGUCAGGAUGGCCGUCCAUCAACAGAUAGAGUUGGGUGUCAUCAGCAUACUGAUGGCAGCCCAGCCCAAAACUCUGGACAAGCUGGGCAAGGGGGCGCAUAAAGAUGUUGAAAAGCAUCGGGGAGAGUAUCGUACCCUGCGGCACUCCACACACCAAGGAGUGGCAUGACAACAGUUCCCCCCCAAGCGCCACCCUCUGUCCUCGACCAGAGAGAAACAAGUGCAACCAUUGAAGGACUAUGCCCUGGAUCCCCACGUCAGCGAGGCGGUGGUCCAAGAGUUCGUGAUCGACCAUGUCGAAGGCUGCUGACAGGUCUAAAAGAAUCAGCAGCCCCGACCUGCCUCAAUCCAGCUGCCUGCAGAGAUCAUCUGUUAGGGUGACCAGAGCCAUCUCGGUCCCAUGACCAGCGCGGAAGCCGGACUGGAGUGGAUCCAGAGUCGAUGUUUCAUCCAGAAACCCACCAAGCUGUUCAGCAACCGCUCUCUCAAUUACCUUACCCAGGAACGAAAGAUUCGAAACCGGGCAGUAAUUGGAUAGAUCUAAAGGAUCUAAUGAUGUUUUCUUUAAGAGUGGGCACACCACUGCCUCCUUCAGUUCCCCUGGGAAUGACCUGCUGCCAAGGGACAAAUUGAUGAUAUCUCCUAGGGGGCAACUGAGGGUCCAACUAGACCCGAGCUGGAGGCACAACAAGUAUCUUCCAACAAUUUCCUUUAAUGCACCCUUGUUGCCUCCAAAUGUAAUUGGAGCAGUAGCAGGAGGGAGAAAACACUUUACUAUCUUGAGUAGUUUUCUGAGUCAAAACUGGCUCAAAAUUUCCCUACAGGGGAAAAAGCAGAUACAAGAGGGUGGUUUUUAGCAGAUUGUGAUGGGGGAACUGAUCACUCCCUUCCACUGCAGCUGGUUUGACAAAAUUUGGGGCACCCCACCCCUGCAAUUCAAGUUUUUCAGUUAGGAAAUGCUUCACACAUUUCUCCCAGGUCCUAUCUAGUUUGGCCCUCUUAUGGACCUGGCUUACAUUGAGCUACAUGCUCACAGAAAAAGGCCACUAUGGUUUUGUAUUUAUCAGGAGGUCCCACAAAUUACAUUUUCCAAGCAUCUUGUUGUUGUUUCUAAUCUGUUUUUCCCCUCUCCACAAAGGACCUAAGGCAGAUUUUGGAUCCUCUAUUUAUGGUCUUCAGAAAAGGCUACUUACUUGGGAGUGAGCCCCAGAAACCUUGUGUAAUCAUGCUAAAACCUGUUCCCCCUAUACUUAGUAAAUUUUGUUUGUUCCUGUGUUACAACAUGCUUAUAUGUUAAUGUUGUGUUAACCCAGCAUUUACUUUCCAUGGUUGUUGUAUUUUCUGCUUUUUGCUUUCUUGCUCAGCAACUGCAAGUCCAGAGUUACAGAAACCACAGGCUAUAGAAACCACAGAAGAAGGUCAAGGGUUUUCGAUUGGGAAUGAAAAAGAGACUGCAACAGCAGCAGCUCCCAACACAGAAAACCCCAUGCUUUUAAAUAUCUCUACUUUUCAAGGUAAGUGACCAAAACUGAACCACACUGCAGACAGGAAGGACACAUUUUUAUCUAAAAUAGUUUAGCUGUGAGCAUCUCUUGAGCAUCCUGAGGACUUUUCUAAUUAUAAGGCAAUAGGCAGAUAAGGUUGUACUGCUUGGCUAAAUGUCUAAGGACAUACCUAUCUUGCAAACAUAUUAGGUUUUAUAUUACUUUAACACUCCCACAGCCUUCUGGGAACUGUGCUGAGGAUUCUCUGAUUAUUCUGACCAUCUUCCUAGAACAUCAGGUUUCUGGGGAAGGAGAAUGACUAGCAGAUAAACCAGCUUAAGUCUGAAAUAUAAAUAUGCUGAAAGUGAUCUUAACUGUGAUCGAGCCUCCAUGAAAUUUGGGAACACUUACAAAAUUUUUGGAAGUUUUGUUCCCAUAGUGUGCAACCUGAUCCCUGUGGGGAGCCUGAAAGAAUUACUUGAGCACAACAGCACUUUCCUGGGCCUUUCAUAGGCAUCUGGUUGGACACUAUGAGGACAGAAAGCUGGACUAGGUGGAAUUUCUCUCUAUACAGUGAAAGCAGCAGAAAUGUCCAGCAUUUGCAGCAUGAUCACUGCACAGAUGUCAGUUGGGGCUGUGGUAAAAUAGGGAAGUCUCAGGGGCAGCACAUCCCAUUUCACCACGUGAGGUGAAAUGGGAAUGUGCUGUCUCCUGUCCCCUCUCUGUUGCCCCUGCCACGCCCCUGCACCAUUCCUGCCCCACCACUUCCACCACCUCCGAAAUGCCCUCCUCUUCACCCAGUGAGUGGCAGCACUGCACACUGGAAUGUCUCUCUCAUAUUGAAAUUUGGUGGUGGUGGAAGUGGAGGGGCAGAUGGGGUGCCGCCUCUGGUACUUCUGCCACCUGAGGCAGAAGCACAACCCCACCACAUCUGUGGGCUGGCUCUGGCAAGUCUUGUACAGAUAAAAUUAACUCUUUAUUUUAGACCUCAUCAGCAUGGCCAUCAGGAAUUAUGGGAAUUGUACUCCAACAACAUCUGGAGAUCCAGAGCCAGUGUGGUGUAGUGGUUAAGAGCAGUAGACUUGUAAUCUGGUGAACCGGGUUCGCUUCCCCGCUCCUCCACAUGCAGCUGCUGGGUGACCUUGGUCUAGUCACAGUUCUUUGAAGUCUCUCAGCCCCACUCACCUCACAGAGUGUUUGUUGUGGAGGAGGAAGGGAAAGAAGAAGAAGAAGAAGAGUUUGGAUUUUAUAUCCUGCUUUAUCACUACCCGAAGGAGUCUCAAAGCAGUUAACAUUCUCCUUUCCCUUCCUCCCCCACAACAAACAUUCUGUGGGGUGAGUGGGGCUGAGAAGUGUGUAUAGCCCAAGGUCACCCAGCAGCUACAUGUGGAGGAGCGGAGACACAAACCUGGUUCCCCAGAUUACGAAUCUACUGCUCUUAACCACUAUAAUGUUAGCUGUUUUGAGACUCCUUAGGGUAGUGAUAAGCGGGAUAUCAAAUCCAAACUCUUCUUCUUCAUCAUCAUCCCAGUUUUAGACAGAGGGAGAUCAGUACUUUAGUGUUUUAGGAGGACUCAUAGAGUUGGAAGGGACUCAGGGUCAUCUAGUCGAAACCCCUGCAAUGCAGGAAAGCUGGGAAAGUUUGGAGACCACAGGGUGAGAAAUAUCUUAUUGAUGUAUAGUGGUACCUCUGGAUGUGAACGGGAUGCCCUGUUCGCAUUCUGAAGAGAACGCAACCCGUGUCUGUGCGUCUGCGGGUCACGAUUCGCCUCUUCUGCGCAUGCAAGUGACGUCAUUUUGAGCAUCUGCGCAUGCGCGUGCGGCGAAACCUGGAAGUAAUGCAUUCCGUUACUUCUGGGUCACCGCAGAGUGCAACCCAAAAACGCUCAACCUGAAGCAACUUUAACCCGAGGUAUGACUGAAUACAUAUUAUUUUUCUGUUCAGAGAAAGAAAACGCUUUAUCACCAGCACUGUGUAUGAAUGUCAGGAGUUGUAGUGCUAGUCUACUGAGGAGUGACAGCUCUGUUUGCUGGGAAGGCGGCUGUGUUCUUCCAGAUCUUGUGGACUGUGUUCUGUGAGAGGUUUGAUGAUGCAAUGGAAUUAAGAGAACAAAUAUGCAUUUCUUCCAGUGACCCAGCACACAUGUAUGAUGGGAAAAGAGACAAUGGAAUUCUGAAAUCAUCUGAGACCAAGUUCUAUUUAACACGCUAUCUCAUUUGUCAGAAGAUGCAGUUCAUUUAGUAGCUAGGCAGAGGCUUUCAAAGUGCGCUUAUGUAAAAAAAUUAACCUAAUUACUAAUUUUAAUAUCGCAAAUAUGAAACAAUAAAAGGCCAUUUUACCUCUUCAUCAUGAUGAGAAACUGCUCUUUCAGCAAAUUGUCAUUACAUAGCUAGCAAAUGGGGUGAGUUUUAUGUAGAGAUACAAUAAUAUGUAGUAAUUUGUUAAGACCCAACUGUAUUGUAUUGUUCUGAUUAAAAUAAGCAAUGUUUAAUUUGUAUUGUGUAUCAUCCAACUUUCCCUCUUGCAUUGUCCCUGAUCAUUAAUCCUUGUCUAUGUCUAUUGCGGAUGCAUUAUUAAAACUGCUGUUGGUAUGAGUUUCUAGACUUGUCAUUCUUCAGGUUUCUAUAGUCUUUCAAUCCAAGACUAUAGAAGCUGAAGCUAUGCUUUUGCAACAGGACUGGAGUGGAUAUAUCUUAUAUAUAUAUAUAUAAUGACAUAUGAACAUGUUUUAUUGUAAUUUAGUUACUAAAAGUGUAUGCACUGAAAAGCAAAAGUUUAUUUUCUAAAAAAAAAAAUCUCCGCUGACUUGUUCACAGCAAACGUUUCAGCCCAAAUUGAAAAUAGAUCUGUAUACGACUGGCUUUUACUCUCCUUCCUGCCUAAACCACAACUAAACACACAUCCCCUUGCUAGGUACUAAACCUGUAAGUAUAAAGUGUUUCAGAAUCAUUCAUUAAUGACCAAGAUAUAGAAUUAUGGUUGCAGACUGUGGUCUUAGGCCACCUUUGACCAUAUAAAUAGUCACAUUGAACGUAAAAGCUGCUAACUUGCCUGUCAGAUUUGCAUCAGAUCGAAAGGUAGGUGAACUAAAAUAACCGCCAUCUUGAAACUGUAAAUGUUGCCCUUGGAAAUCUAGUAUGAGCCUUCUUGCUUAUUUGGAUUGCGCUUCUUAGCUUUCAACCCCUGACUUGUCACCCAGUACUUUGUGUGAACUUUUACACAUUUUAAGUUGUUCAUCAUAAUUCAUGGCUAAUGCUAACUAACCCCAGUUACCUGGGAAUAAGUCCCAUUAAACUUGAUAGAGCUUGUGUCAGAGUAGAAAUGGUUAGGAUUGUAGCAUAACUCAUUAGGAAACAGAUAAUUUAUGUUUCUUUGAUUUUCCUAUGUCCGAAUUUCUGUUUUUCUUUUCUCAAUAAAUCUUAUUUGUGUUUAAGUAA